CGUUCUACACAACUGUAAAGAUGUCAUCUUGUUGGUUGAAUGCAAAAUUAUGGCUCUCCUCAGCAUCCCUAGUUUCAUGCGCGAGUUGAGAACAGGACGAGGGUGAGAACCUUCGUCCACCCCCAGGCUGAGAAUUGUCCCUGCGAUGUACACAUCUUCAGAACUCCAUCAAGCAAUGGGAUAGAGCCACGGGUGUCGAGAGUUCUUGAUCUGGUGCUGUUUCUUGUUCGGCCAAUCUUGAGGUGAGGAAGACGUUUCAGAUAAAGGUGAUUCAAAGAGAAUCCUGAGCUUGAAGCGAUACCUCCUCGCAACACUCAAAAACAGACACUACGGUCUUUGUCACGAUGAUUGAAGAUUUUAUUCUUUGUACCUUUGAUUACCCCUUUUCCUAAAGAGGAGCUUUGUGCGACUCUUUUCUUUCGAUUUCAUUAUCUCCCUUUGCCAGGAUUCUUUGAUGGGCCCAAGACAUUGGGCGUGGCUUUAUGACAACAGGUUUUGACAAGGUGUAAAGAUGGACGCCCCUGGAUUUUUGUCCACUUUGCAUCAUCUUCGGAUUUGAAGCUGACUUUUACUGUUGUUGGCCUGAUCUUCGGAUUGAUCCCUUGACGAGAGUCGUACGUGCCAUUCCGAUCGAGCAGAGAGUGAGCCUUGCAGGAUCGACCACUCAACGAGUACAAAUCAUGGCCAUCCAGAGUCGUUCAGGGGAGUCAGCUAUCAACUCAGCAACACUAAUGGGACGAUUGAGAGGCUCGGCGAAGAAGAAGACGACUGCGAUUCGGAUGAAGUUGUCAGGGUGUAUGCAUGCUAGAGAUGGUAGCGAAACAGGCGAACAACCUUCAUCUAUUCACGAGUUCCUUUCAUCCUCACCACCCGCGAGACGACAUAAGCACGAAGAGACAAACGCCCAUGGCUCGUCCACUCAUGCUUGGUCUCAAAUCCGUCCGCAUCUACAACUCGAGCUCAGAUCGAAUCACAGCCAGGCCAAUAUUUCAGAAUUAUCGGCGCGGCCGAGUGGGCAGUUUUCAAUAAGCACAGUUUCACUGCCCUCAAGUGUUGCUGCCCCGGGAUGGGAAAAUCCUCCACCUGAUUUGACGUCCAAAGGUAAAGAAACACUCGAAGAGAUGGUUAGAAACUCGCUUUGCCGGAUAUAUGGAUCCAAGCAUGUCGCUGAGCUCCCCGCAGCAGACGAAUCGGUGACCUCGCCCCAGUCGAGUCGAUACCAGCCCUAUUCUCGACCGGGAAGCAACAAGCCAAAUCCGCAUGCGACCGACAAGCAGGGGCGAGAGCAGUACUCGUGGCCGUUGGUAGACUUUGAGGAGGAGAUGUUCUUGAACGCUGAUCCAUCACGAGCCGGGCGCCCUGACGAUCGACGUGGGCUGCCCAAGUAUCAAGAGCCCCGUAUACCUGACCUGGACUUUGCUUCUGGAAGACUGGAAGACGAGGUCGCGGCUGUGCUCGGAAAAUUGGUGGUUGGUGAGAGAGCGUCGACGCGAUCGCCCAUGUCUCGAAUGGGAAGAGAGCAUGUGCACGAAAUGGAAGCCGCCAGCCCGAUCACUAACUAUGUCAGUCCCCAAACCAACUCUCGGGGUGACUGUCCACCGGCGCAACGGGUGGAACUUGAGGGCACGAGGUAUGUGACGAAUAUCUCGCCUGAGCGACGUCGAGAACGACAGCACCAACGACAGCACCAACGACAGCAAACCAUGAGUCCCGUGUCUCCCCUUUCGAGCGAGGGAGGACGAGUGGCAUAUCACGACUACAACUGGCCUCGAUUCUCCGAGGUGCAACGAUACGAAGACCCAGCGGGAGAACACAGUCGACGAUACCGAGAUCGAAGACGUGAGAUGCGCAGAGACCGAGCCGAAGAGCGAUACCGAUAGCCGGUGCACGAAUGACCCGAUUGAGUAUGAGCACGGAUAGGAUCAUCUGUUGGUGAAGUUGUAUGUCGGAUACCUGGCAAUGAGAGAGCUGUGAAGGAUCAUGUGGCCUCUUGAGACGCGAUGCUAUGCCCGCAUGUAUGUUUUAUCUAGGCCUUUUUGGGGGUAUGUGGCAACGGCUGCCGAGCUGGUUCUCGGUACCCAGUGGGUAGGAG